AGAGAAUUGUCAAGAAUGCAGCUCAGAGCUGGCUGAUCGCGAGAUACGCAGCGCAAAGGCACAGGAUUUGAGACAGCCCAGGGUUUCCUCUUCAAGUAGGUUUAAAACAGUUUUUUUUUUUUCUCACAACUUCCUUCCUGCUUUAACUGCCAGUGCUCAGAAGACAGCCUUGAGAGGCAGAGGCACCCAGGACGGAGACGUGAACCCCUGGAGAAUAUCAAAAUGACUGAAAAGGCCCCAGAACCACACCUGGAGGAGGAGGAGGAUGACUUGGACGGCAAGCUCAAUUACAAGCCUCCACCGCAGAAGUCCCUGCAGGAGCUGCAGGAGAUGGACAAAGAUGAUGAAAGUCUAAUUAAGUACAAGAAAACGCUCCUGGGGGAUGGUCCUGUGGUAGCAGACCCAACAGCCCCCAAUGUCACUGUCACCCGCCUUACUCUGGUUUGUGAAAGUGCCCCAGGACCCAUCACCAUGGACCUCACUGGGGAUCUGGAAGCCCUCAAAAAAGAAACCUUUGUGCUAAAGGAAGGUGUGGAAUAUAGAGUCAAAAUUAACUUCAAAGUGAACAAGGAUAUUGUGUCAGGACUGAAAUAUGUUCAACACACCUACCGGACUGGGGUGAAAGUGGAUAAAGCAACAUUCAUGGUUGGCAGCUACGGGCCUCGGCCGGAGGAGUAUGAGUUUCUGACUCCAAUAGAGGAGGCCCCCAAGGGCAUGCUGGCCCGAGGCACUUACCACAACAAGUCCUUCUUCACCGACGAUGACAAGCAUGACCACCUGACCUGGGAGUGGAACCUAUCCAUUAAGAAGGAUUGGACGGAAUGAGCACCUCUGCCCAUCCCUUUCCCUACUUUGCCACCCAGAAGCUCCCUCUUGUCGUGCCCCAUCCCUCCUCCCUGAUCACAGCUGGGCCCCUUCUCCAGCACCCCCAAGGUUCUCUUCUCGUGGCGUCUUCUCCCACACUGUUUCUCACAGUGGUCCCCAAACAAGAUGCUUAAAACCCAGGCUUUAAUCCUGCCCCACCCUUCUGAUCCCCUGUCAUGGCCAGAUCUCCCAAGUUCUCCAACCCCAUAGACAAUCAUUUAACAGUCCCUCUUUUAUUCCCAUUUGAGCAACUAGAGGCCAGGAAAUGGGCAAACUAGCACUAACUGUCCUGUUGCCUUGGGUCCCUGUAUCUUCUUCCAUCCCUGGAUUCUCCUGUGGUUGCUGCUGGUUCACUAAAGGUCCCUAAUCACAUCCCCUGCCAACUGGGGCUCUUCUUUACUGGGAGACACUGUAAACAAUGCAAGAGAACGAGAAUAAAACAGUUGUAUGAUCUGA